AUGGCAGUACGUGGUUUUGCGGUAUUGGUGAGUCGAGUACCUCGUGGUGCAGGUGUUUGCUGGCUGAACAGUGAAGUAAAUACUCGCCGUAUUUUAAAUGUUGAGGCUUGUUUCGGAAGUACCGGUCAACAGUUAGCAGCUUAUGGACGAGUUUUGGUCGGCGAAGGAGUACUGGUGAAAAUGUGUAGAAAGAAACCUAAACCGCGCCAGUUUUUUCUUUUCAACGAUAUUUUGGUCUAUGGAAAUAUUUUAAUUUCAAAAAAACGUUACAACAAACAGCAUGUAAUUCCGCUGGAAGAAGUACAGUUGCAAGAUCUUGAAGAUGAGGGAGAUAUGAAGAAUGGUUGGCUUAUUAAGACGAGAUUGAAGUCGUUUGCUGUUUUCGCAGCAACAAGUACAGAGAAGAAGGAAUGGAUUUUACACAUUGAGCGUUGCGUACACGAUAUUCUUACCAGAGGUGGAAAAAAACCCGCAACUGAGCAUGCAGCCGUUUGGGUGCCUGAUGGUGAAGCAACUAAAUGCAUGGCUUGCCAGAGGACACAGUUCACCGUGAUACAGCGCAGGCAUCACUGUCGGGCUUGUGGUAAUGUCGUUUGCGGUACGUGCUCUUCACACAGUUAUCGUAUUCCUGUGAGCAAAAGGCCUGUCCGCGUUUGUGACACUUGCUUCGCGAAAUUUGUUUCGAAAGAUUCUGGACGCUCAAAUGCGGAUUCUUCUGGACCGGGCAUAUUAAAUGAUGGAUCAAGUGAUUCAGAUGAUGAAGAUAAAAGUGUCACUUACGACUUGCAGCCUACAUUCUACAGCAGAAUUGGAUCUGGUGAAGAGAAAAAAAAUGGACAUCCUUCGUAA